AACGAGAGUAGAAUGGCGGGAGUUUAGCACGUGCCCGUUGCUUAGUGACAGACCGUCAAUAAAACUUCGUGAAUAAGUAGCAGACAUGGCAUAGCUUCCGUCUAAAGGGAGGAUGGCAAAUUUUUUAUGUCACCAAAUCACUCUACAUUGCCCAAAAUUCUUUAAAAGAACUUUCGCUUUCGCCCAAUAAUUAUUUUUCGCUACGGAUAGUUAUCGAGAAUCGGACAUUCGAAUUUUCCGUCAGAAAUGACAAGAUGCAUGAGAAGAAGGGGGGUUAAUCUGAAAAGCAGCGCUUAUAAUCAAACGGGACAGAACUAUUUUGAGCAAUUGGCGGCGUAUAAUUCGAUGAGCUCGCAUUUACGACGGAUUUUAUUGGCAAGAAACGUAGUUGAUACAAGAAAUAAAAAUUACUUGAGAAGAAAUCAGCGGUGCAAAGAGCAAAGAGCUGACGAUAUCGGAGUCUGUUUAUAUCUGGAAGCGACGGAUGAUGUGAUCGACAAAUUGGCUUAUGAUACUCAACAUCAUCCCAUGGAUAUAUUAAGAACAGAUUUAAAUGCGAGGCAUUUGGACUGUUGCAAUUAUAAUUUAGAUCAUCAACUGAGGCUUUGUAGUAGUCAAACGUCUUACGAAGGAACCGAUCAGAUGGAUCGACGGCAACGAUCGACAUCGAAGAAUCAAAGAAUGAUGUCACCAACUUCGGCAUGUUCGCCGAAACGUAAAAAAAUUUCAAUAUCAAAUUUCAUUUGCAAAAAAGAGCCAAGAUCUACGCGAGAUAUCCCUUAUGUAGUCGGUCCGUCAACAUGUUUUUCACGACAGAGAAAAUGUAGAUAUGAAAAAGAGUUCUUAGUCCCUUGCGGAGCUACUAGAUUAGAGUCAACGUUAUUUAAAUCAAGAUCUCAAUCUCCAAGACAGAAAACGAUCGAUUAUCGCUCGGUGUGUUCGAGCGCCUCGCAAUGUUAUGAUUUCGAUUACGAUGAGAAAUCAACCGAAGAGCUCAUCUCCAAGCUCACGUCUCAAAAAGAGGAGGAGAAGAAAUAUGUUAAAUUCGUUUACGACAUCACUAAAGAAAUAAUGCAGAGAGGUCUUUAUACCGAUAAAGAACUGCGGGAUGUGUGUAAGAAGCACGUCAGUCAACAUAGAGGAAUAUUGAACAUGAAUAAAAUGCUAUACGAGGUCUAUCAGUUAAAGAUCUCCUUGAAUAUAGCGGACGAUUCGGACACGGAUGAAGAACUGGAAGAUCUGAUCCACGCACAAAAAUUAUUAAGCGUAUCUGAGAUCAGGCCGCCUACACCGCCGAAGAUUCUGGACGAGAAUAAAGUGAUGGAGAAACUGGAGUCUUAUCAGAAAAUGAUGAAGGCUGACAAAUCUCCGAGAAUCAACGGGAAAUCAGUGUUGCUGAUCGAUGCAAACCCCGAGUUACUUGUUACCGAAAGAGACGUGCUGAUGUCGUUGGUGGAAGCAGGUGUAGAUCCUAAACAAGUUCAACAUAUUUGUAAAAAUCUGCGAGACAGGAGUAGAGACGUCGACUUCACCGAAGCCCCGGCACAAAUAGACACGGAAACUUUGUACUCUCCGGACUUGAAAGUGGACAAUUUAGAACUAGAAGAAAACGACAAAGAGAUUUCUGCCGAAAUUGAAACUGCCGGAAGCGCUCGUGAUAAUUCUGUCGCGGAUAAUUCAGUCGCGAAUAAUUCAGUUGAAUCUUCUGAGAAACAGGAAACGAUUUCUACAACAUCGAAUCUCGUAUCCACGCAAGACGAAACAGGAGAAACGAAAGAGAAAACAGAAUCUGAAAUCACAUCCGAAUAUGACAAAGCAGAAUCAUAAACUAAGUUAAUGAAUAUAUUUCUUGUUUUUCGUUAAGAAACGUUUGCUUUCAAUACAUUGCUCGUCGUAAUAUUGUCUUUAUACAUAUUUGUGUCACCCAUGUGUGUUAGCAACGAAAUAAACAUUGAACAUAUUGCAAUAUUUUUUAGUUCACGCAGAAAAAUGAUUCAUUUAUUACCUAAUGAUAUGUCAAUGUUAAUUAUUGUAGUAGAGAAGCAAAAUAAGCGUUGAUUUUAUCUCAUAUAUAUCUUUUCUUUAUUCAUAUACAUCUGUUGUCUUAUAUCGAGUUUUACAAUAUGUCUGUUUGUGGUUCAGUAGAACAUCCAACAAGCUGAAUUCUCAACAGAGAUAAAAUAUACACA